AUGGAUGCUGGCAUCAAAGUCCCAAUAGCACCGUCAGGUCGUUUGGCAGUCAAGAUUGCCCCAGCGACAAAUAAGUCAUAUAUCACCAUCAAGACACAGACAGUAACCGCGUGGACACAAGACAGUAACCACGUGGACACAGACAGUAACCACGUGGACACAGACAGCAACCACGUGGACACAGACAGCAACCACGUGGACACAGACAGCAACCACGUGGACACAGACAGCAACCACGUGGACACAGACAGCAACCACGUGGACACAGACAGUAACCACGUGGACACAGACAGCAACCACGUGGACACAGACAGCAACCACGUGGACACAGACAGCAACCACGUGGACACAGACAGCAACCACGUGGACACAGACAGCAACCACGUGGACACAGACAGUAACCACGUGGACACAGACAGUAACCACGUGGACACAGACAGCAACCACGUGGACACAGACAGCAACCACGUGGACACAGACAGUAACCACGUGGACACAGACAGUAACCACGUGGACACAGACAGCAACCACGUGGACACAGACAGCAACCACGUGGACACAGACAGCAACCACGUGGACACAGACAGUAACCACGUGGACACAGACAGCAACCACGUGGACACAGACAGCAACCACGUGGAAACAGACAGCAACCACGUGGACACAGACAGUAACCACGUGGACACAGACAGCAACCACGUGGACACAGUAGCCACGUGGACACAGACAGCAACCACGUGGACACAGACAGUAACCACAAGCACGGCUACAGACAGGUGGUCGCCCCACCUGCACAGAGACAGGUGGUAG